UACAAUGUGCAUGACAGGAUCUGCAUCAAUCGUCAAUCCACUUGAAAUUUCAUCGUGCGGCGUCAGGAUGGUGGAUCUAUGGGGUUUCUUCACGAUCUGCACUCUUGCAAUGUGCACCCACUGACAGGACCUCCAUACGUUGCGGUGGAAUACACAUGUGCAGAACAAGAUCUACACCAGCAACGCCCGUCAUUAAUCAAGUUGAAAUGCCAUCAUGCAGCUUCAGUUUUCUUCAUGUUGUACACGUGUUCAAAGUUAACCUUGAACUGUUGGGAUAUCUGGAUAUUUUAGUUCCAGAUUCCUCUCGUGCUCCACCACCGCCCUUGCUGUGCGCACUCUGCUACGGCCCCGCGGCUUCAAUUCGCAAGUGGUGUUUUCUCCAUCUUCCAUUCGGCUGCAUGUUCCGAUACCCAUUUGUUGCAGAUCGAGCAUGGCUCGACGCUAUGCAAUGCAUAUGCGCACGUCGUCUGCAGAACGAGUUGCGAGCAUGCAUUUCCUCUACAGGGUCGUGUGUUUACAUCAGGAUUCCAAGUCCCUCUGUGGCGGCAUCCCAUCCGCCCAUCAAAGCUACCACGCACACAACCCUAAAAAGGUUUCUCUACCUAUAUACGCCAAGAGAACCGGAUGCACUUCACCAUUCACAUUUCGCAUCCGUCAGGCCGUUCAUUCGAUUGCCGGCCUGCUCCGUCAUUUGUGACCGUAUACUGGCAUGCCGCCGGUAUUGCAAAAAAAACUCUUAUCUUCGCUUGUGCUUCUAUCAACGUGUCAUUGGUUAUUGUCGUUCUGCUUCUUGAUCAAGGCUGUUACGCUUCUUGCUUUCUGUUUUUGUUACCCGCCAUAGGUUCUAGAAAGUGGUGCGCUUGUUGUUCUUGUUCUGCGGCUACAA